UUGCCAACGUAAACAUAACCUCAUAAUUCUUAUAAAAAAAAAUCUUUGCUGCCAACAAAAAUAUAAAAAUAGUGGUAAAAACCCAAAAAUAGCUCAAAGCAGGAAGCAGCUGCAGCUCCUUCUUCCCCCUUUGAUCCUUUUUGAUGUGGAAAGUUUGAGAAUUUCUGUUUUUUUCUUCGGUUUUUCUGAACAUAAUUUGUUUACGCGAUGGUGGAUGACGUUGCUUUUGCAAAAAAUGAAAAUGCAAAUUUACGGAAGAUUCAGAAUAAAUUGCUCCAGUGGGACAUGUCAGAGAAUCCCCUGGCACCCCUGACUGCCCUCCAGAAGGAUGUCAUCUACAGCUUGUCACUCCCACCGGAGGAGCCUUCAAAGGAUGACACGAAGGAGGCAGGAAAGGUGGAGAAGACAGCUGUAGAAGCGGUUCCGGGAGUUUCCUUCAGUGAUUCCCUGCGUGAGCUGGAGAAUGGAGAGGAAUCCAUCGAUACAUUCCGGAAGUUUCUCUCAUGGUACGAUCGUGUAAAUGAUGAGAUUCUCAAUGAAGGAGAUUCACAGCAUUGGGCGUUUUUGAGGCAUCUCCGUGAACGGAGGAAUGAUUGUGAUGCCCUCCUGGAGCAAAUUGAUGACACCCUGCAGAGCCUGAAGCAGCUUGAGGAUGAAUUUCAAUUUGUCUCCACCAAUACGAGUUCCCUGCAUGAGGCAAGUGAGAAAUUGGUGGCAGAUCAGGAGCAUUUGAGUGCCCUGGAUGGGGAUAUCCGGCAGAGAUUGCAGUACUUCACACAACUUGAGCAAAUUGCACAGAAAUUGCAGAAUCCCACUCUUUCUGUGCUCGGGGAUAAUUUUGCUGAGCUCCUCGUGCGUCUGGAUGAGAGUCUUGAGUACCUCGAGGGGCAUCGGGAUUACCGUGAUGCCGGACAGUACAUGGGGAAGUGUAAGCAGUGCGUUGGGCGUGUGGUGCAGAUGAUGCGGAGUCACGUGAUAAAUGUCCUGAGUACAGCCACGGAGCAAGUUCUGGCCCCAAAGCGUAUCCCAGAAGGUGCUAAGCCCCGCGAACAUACCUCCGACACAGCUUUUGCCCUCUUUUACGGUAAAUUCCAAGCAUCAGCGCCCAAAGUGAAGCGCGUAACGAACCUCAUUGAGCAGCGGAAGACGCGCUGUGCGGAAUAUGAGACCCUCCUGCAGGAUCUACAUGAAUACUACCUCUCCCAGAGGCGUGUGGUGAUGUAUCCGGGAGUUGGGGCAGCUCUGCAGGAUCUCACAGUUACCCAUCGUGGGGAUCACUGUGCCCUCGUGCGUGCUGCAUGCGCCUUCCUCGUUCACGUGUGUCAGGAUGAGUAUCGGCUCUUCCUCCAGUUCUUCCCGAGUCAUUCGCGCGAGAUGAAUGGCUUCCUCGAUGCACUCUCCCUGCAGCUGUACGACACAAUAAGACCCUUUGUGGGGCAAAUUGCGCAUCUUGAGACCCUCGCUGAGCUAUCCAGUAUCCUCAGGACGGAAAUGCUGGACGAGCAUGUUCAUCACAGCCCGGAAUCUCUGGGUCCGUUUGGGCGUGUUAUCAAUCAACUUCUCCACGAUGUUCAGGACAGAUUGGUUGUCCGUGCUAGGCACUACAUCCAAUCCGAUAUUCUCAACUACAAACCCUCAGCUGGUGAUCUAGCCUAUCCGGAUAAGUUGGAAAUGAUGGAGAGUAUUGCUCUGUCGCUCCAGGAGCCACCAUCAUUCCUUCAGCGUGCUGAUUCGCGUGCUUCGAUGUUCUCCAUGACAUCCCAAGAGGUUGAUUCCAUUAAUUCCACUGCUGAGAGUCAAAUGCGAUCCCGAACUGGAAACUCCCCGGCAGAUUUGCAUGGGAUGUGGUAUCCUACGGUUAGAAGAACUCUGGUUUGCCUAUCACGUCUCUAUCGCUGCGUAGAUCGUCCAAUCUUUCAAAAUCUCUCACAAGAAGCUCUAACUUACUGCAUCCAAUCCGUGUCUGCAGCUGCUGCUCUUAUCCAGCAACGCAAAACAAAUCUCGAUGGGGAGUUGUUUGAAAUUAAGCACUUGCUGAUUCUGAGGGAACAAAUUGCUCCAUUCCGUGUUGAUUUCAUUGUGAAGAAGACAAGUUUGGAUUUUAGUAAGAUGAAGACAGCAGCUUAUGGGUUAAUCCAGAAGCGUGGGCAACUCUUUGCCCUUGGGAGCAAUAAUGCUCUGUUAGAGUUUCUCCUCGAGGGGACACCGCAGAUGAAGGAGCAACUCCUUGAUUCACGAAAAGAUGUUGAUCGACAGCUUAAGAGUGUCUGUGAGAUCUUCAUUCGUGACGCUACAAAUCUCCUUGUUGGCAAUAUUUUGGGAUUUAUGGAGAGAAUGACGCAAAUCCUGGCCACUCAUGGUACAGCUGAGGUGAACAUCCCUGAAAUGGCCCCACCAAAGGUCGGGGAAAUUGUUCAGGAAGCCCAGAAGAAUAUAAAAUUGAAGCUAAGUGGUCUUCAGAGGGCUAUGCAGCUGUACCUUGCCAAUAAGGAUACGGAAUUCAUCCUCUUUCGACCAAUUCGGAAUAACAUUAUUGCGGCUUUUGUGAAAUUGGAACAAUUUAUCAGUACAACUGGGAAGUUUUCCAAGGAAGAUCUCGCCAUUGCGGCAUGUCCGUCGGCAGAUCAAAUUUCUGUCCUACUGAGUGCGAGUGUUUUAGCUGAAGGAGCCGUCGCUCAGGGGGCACCACCUAGUCGCAAAUCAACGUUGUCAUCGGUGGAGAAUGAGAAGAUUCAGGAGGAAAUGCUGCAGCAACCCGUCUCAGAUGCCCCUGAAGAAGGUCCCGGCCAGGAAAGUAAAGAAUUGCAAUAAAUAUCGCGACUUCUUAUAGCUAUA